AUGCUUAUGCUGGAAUUAAUGCCCGCCGCGCCUAAACCGCUGAAUGCGCAACCAAGAAUGAACGAUAAAGAUGAUGCCAAGAUCGUUAAGAGCAUGGAAUUUAUCAAUGAUGACCGGCGUCAAGGUUCCUAUACAGCUACUGCCCUAAAGAUAAAGGACUAUCAGCGUUGGUUCAUCUCGCCAACAACAAAAUUGCCCAAAAAGAGGCAGAUAAGUAGCAGGAUAAAGCUCGAGGUGCAGGUUAUGGAGAUUCGCAAGACGAAGCUCGGCACUGAGCAUCCUGAAACGCUGAAGAGUAUGGGCAAUCUGGCGUUAGCGUUCUGGAACCAGGGCCGGUGGGAAGAGGCAGAGCAGUUCUUUGUGCAGGCUAUAGAGACUAGCAAGACGAAGCUCGGCACUGACUAG